AUGGCGGUGUGCGCUCGGCUCUGCGGCGUGGGCCCGGCGCGCGGAUGCCGGCGCCGUCAGCAGCGCCGCGGCCCCGCGGAGACGUCGACGGCCGACAGCGAGCCGGACACGGAUCCCGAGGAGGAGCGCAUCGAGGCGGGCGCGGCUCCGGCCUGGCCGGGGGGCGGUCCUGAGGCGGCGGGCUCCCCGUCGUCCGCUCGCUGCUCGCUGCUCGAGCUGCCGCCCGAGCUCCUGGUGGAGAUCUUCGCCUCGCUGCCCGGUACCGACCUGCCCAGCCUGGCCCAGGUCUGUACCAAGUUCCGGCGGAUCCUGCACACCGACACCAUCUGGAGACGGCGCUGCCGGGAGGAGUAUGGCGUUUGUGAGAACCUGCGGAAGCUGGAGAUCACUGGUGUGUCUUGCCGAGAUGUCUACGCAAAACUGCUUCACCGAUACAGACACAUUUUGGGGCUGUGGCAGCCAGACAUUGGGCCAUAUGGAGGACUGCUGAACGUGGUGGUAGACGGCCUUUUCAUCAUUGGCUGGAUGUACCUACCUCCCCAUGACCCUCAUGUUGGAGACCCUAUGCGGUUCAAGCCUCUGUUUAGAAUCCAUUUGAUGGAGAGGAAGUCAGCCACAGUGGAGUGCAUGUAUGGCCACAAAGGACCCCACAAUGGCCACAUCCAGAUUGUGAAGAAAGACGAGUUCUCCACCAAGUGCAACCAGACAGACCACCACAGGAUGUCAGGUGGAAGACAGGAGGAAUUCCGAACAUGGCUAAGGGAGGAAUGGGGCCGCACAUUGGAGGACAUCUUCCAUGAGCACAUGCAAGAGCUAAUCCUAAUGAAGUUCAUCUAUACCAGUCAGUAUGACAACUGCCUAACCUAUCGCCGAAUCUACCUCCCGCCCAGUCACCCUGAUGACCUCAUCAAGCCUGGCCUCUUCAAAGGCACCUAUGGCAGUCACGGCUUGGAAAUCGUGAUGCUUAGCUUCCAUGGCCCACAUGCUAGGGGCACCAAGAUCACGGGUGAUCCCAACAUCCCUGCUGGACAGCAGACAGUAGAGAUUGACCUGCGGUACCGUAUCCAGCUGCCAGAUGUUGAGAACCUCCGCAACUUCAAUGAGCUCUCUCGCAUCGUUCUGGAGGUCCGUGAGCAGGUUCGGCAGGAGCAGCAGCGGGAGACUGGUGGGAGCCCUGACCCACCUCAGGAGCCACCGUCAUUCAGGGGGCCUGAUGAGUUACCUGCUGAGGACAGUGAGAAGUCCAGUAACGGAGCUGCAGCAGCUGAGCAGCCAGCCCCUGAACAGCCAGUGACAUCUGGGCACGGGCAGCCUUUCGUAUUGCCUGUGGGUGUGAGCUCGAGGAAUGAGGACUAUCCCCGAACCUGCAGGCUGUGUUACUAUGGCACAGGCCUCAUCGCCGGUCAUGGCUUCACCAGCCCGGAGCGUACCCCCGGUGUCUUCGUCCUGUUUGAUGAGGACCGCUUUGGGUUCCUCUGGCUGGAACUGAAGUCCUUCAGCCUGUAUAGCCGAGUACAGGCCACCUUCCGGAAUGCAGAUGCACCAUCACCACAGGCUUUUGAUGAAAUGCUCAAGAACAUCCAAUCCCUCACCUCCUGACUGCCACGCCUGCUGCAGACUGGGUUGGACCAGGGCCCUGUGCCAUGGGUGGGAGCAGCAUGCACUUUGGAAAUGCGGCCUUGUUUUUUUUUUCUUUAAUAUUUUUAUUUAUUUGCAAGCAGAGAGACAGAAUGGGUGUACCAGGGUCAUUGUAGACGAACUCCAGAUGGAUGUGCCACUGAGGCCUUCAUGACCUCACAGUGAGUACCAUAACCCCACUGAGGAGGGGCUCCAGGGCAAUAGGAGCUGGCCUAGUGAUUUGUUGCAAGGACAUACUCCCACAGUGCAAUGUACACAUUACAAUGACCCUCCUCAGCAUACUUAAUGCCGUCCAUGCACCACAAUUGUUUGCAUUAAAAUUUACAUUUCACUGCAGAAGUUUCUUCAUUAGAUGUUUCGAGUCUAACCUUACAGCAUACAUUAGUGUGGCUCUUCCCCAAAAAAUUACAUGCGCAUAUGUUCACAUCCAUCUUGAUGAAUGUUUCUGCAGGGUUCCUCCCCUUUUCCCUUAAGGCCAGCAAUAACAUCAAAAGGCUUCAUGGAUGGUUUUCUUUCCUUUUUUUUUUUCUAUGUAUGCUCAAUUGGCUAACAAGCUGACCAAGGUGUCCCACAAUAGACAGCAUAGUUCAGUGCUGUGUUGUGACACCUAUCUUGAAUUGUUAUUGGCACCGUGCUCAAGAAGGAACUUCAUUAUUCCCUGUUGUACAUCAUCAGAGGUGUGACACUGUUUUUAUCCGUAGCAUCUACAUCACUGACAGCACUCUACAACCUCUUUCUGGUGGUACCAGCCCACAAAAUGCAAAGCAGUCCCAGGAGAAGAGGUUGGAGUAGCAGUCUUUCAGGCUUCCUCUGUUCCCUACCCAGUUUGUUCCUGCAGUCGUGAUCUGCGAGUCCAACCAUCAGAGUGGGUCAUGUUGGCCAAGGCAAGGGCCACAGCUGGGCCUUGUUGCCUGGGGGAUGGCGGGCUUGAGGGGGAGCAUUUGAGGCAACAUAGCUGAGCCUUCCCUGGUCCCUCAGUCAUUGCUGCUGCUUUUUUACCUUUAGCCACAGAGUUUGGGGGGUGGGGGAGAGAGCUGCUCCACCCUGCCUCAGUGGAGCUCAAACUGAAGGGGGAGGGUGUGGAUGGAGCCCAUGGACAACCUUCCUUCCUUUUCCUACCCCUCCCCCCCAGCCCCAGGUCAGCCUCGCUUCUCCCUUGAAUUGCAGCCUUUUUACCAGAACAUGCAUUUUCUGGUUAGGGUUCUGGCCUGCCUGAGACCUUUUUUUUUUUCUUUUUCUGAGACACUUUAUGUAUAGUGUAUAACAUAUUCUUGUAUAUUUGAUGCAUUUGUAGUUAUGAAGGAGGAAGCUGAGUGUGUCAGUGCCAAACAAAAAAAGGGAAAGUGGAUGAGUGAGCCAGAAUAAAUGCGAUAUGGAGGCUGUGGUGCAUGGAGAGUGGAGAGCUCAUGUAUCCUUGCACGCCUUAUCUUUUGGGGGAAAAUAGGCCUUUCUUCAGGGAAGUUUAUGAUGCAACAGGCAGGCGUCCCAUGAGCUGCUGAAAUGGGAGCUUUUUUCCUCCUCCUGUCCCUGAUAGAUAAGCUACGUGGUCAUGACUGUAGCCUACAAGAGCCUCUGGGAGGUGGUCAGGAAGAGAGAAAGAAGUCAGUCAGUUCAGACAGCGAUGGAUGGGACACGUGGCUAGAUUUAUAAUUCUUUACUGAUGUAGAUUUGGUCAAGGACAUUUUACCAGGAUCUAUUUUCCUAUCAGUAAAAUGCAGCUUUUCAUUCAUACAGGCUGCUAAGAAGGAGUGUCACUGUAGACUGCCCAGUUCCCUGGCAGUCUCUGUGCUUGUCUCACACAUGCUCCAGUCUUAGAAACAAGCUGUCACGUCUGCCACUUGCUUUUCCCCAGCAGCCAGUUCCAGGCAGCACAUUAUUUUGUGAGUGCCCUUCCAUGCCUCCACUGUACUUCCCUGUGGAGCCUGCCUAGCCACUCAUGGGCCUGCUGUAGCCCAGUGCUGCUCUCCCUGUUUGUUUCGUCCGCUUUGUAUGUGCAAGUGCUGCUCUUGGUGCUCCAGGGGUUGCCUUUAAAACCCUUGCAGGUGAGAGGGAGAGGACAGCUCUCUAUAGACAGCCACAGCUGCAUGUAGCAUACACAGCUCUGUGCUAGUGCAUUUGGGAGGCCAUGCCUGCUCAGGAGACUGCAGUUUGUAGACUGUGAGUGCUAUGUUAUGCCAUGGCAUAACAUUACUUGUGUUUGGGGAUCUUGGAUCUGAGGCCUUUUUGACGUUAGUACCUCCUGAAGGGUAGAGACCACAGUGCAGAGGUCUCUGGGAACUCCUCAGCCUGAGGCUGUCUUGGUCUUUUAGUAGACUUCUAGGACAUGUCUUUUCCUUUGGUUGCUCACACUGAUCAGCUAGCUAUUCAGUCCUCAUGAUGGCUGCUCAGUAUCCUAAUGACAAGGUACUCUAGAAAGGUGGUAAGCCUUUGCACAGAGACUCGUCAGCAUACCCCUGAAAUAGCUUCCUGAUCCAGUUCUUCCUAAUUAGCCUUUACAGAAGAAACUUGCGUUGCUUCAGCUUCUGUUCCCUGGCUCCUCUUUACUUUGCUCGCAGAAGCCAAUUGCGCAGCUCCGUGUCAAGGUCCCUCAGUGGUAAGCUGGUUUUCCCAGGGACGACUGCAGACUCAGGAGGAGGGAGUGGCAGUGAAGGCAGCUCCCCCAGGGCAGGCAGGGUUCCUGUGCUGGUCUUGAGACUACUGUCUAAACCCCAGGUGAUUCUAGCAUGGGUCCCUGGGUUCUCAGGUCUUUGGCAGGACUGAGCCUGAAGCCUUUAGUCACUUCAUUGUUAGUUAACAUUUUCUUGGGCCAAAUGAGGCAUGGCCUGAACUGUGGUAACAAACCUUGAAGCCGCAGGAACGUGAUGACCAAGAACAACUUGGCAUGUAAGCUGUUACCAAGCAAGUCAAGAGAUACAUCUUUUACCAAGAAUCUCAGACUUGUUGUCAGUCUCCCUUAGCACGAUGAAGAGCAUGCUCAUUGAGAAUGCAUGCUUCAGAUUUAAAAAGAUUGCAAAUUGAAGUUCUAUACCUGUUCCUAGUGUUUCUGUGACCAUGACAUUGCUAUGGCCUCCUGGCUUCCAUCCCUGGUGUGUCUUAGGACCCUUGAGUCUGUUUUGUCUGUUGUGGCCCAGGUGAUGCUAGCAGCCAGGAAGUAAGGCCUUACCUACACAGUGAGCUCCUGUUGGCCCUGAGGGGUUGACUUUCUUGUCCUAGAUGUCCUUAGCCACUUCUGCAUGUGGGACAGUUACACAUUUCAUAUUCACCAGUUAGACCUGUGGCUUCCCUUACCAUGGCACCCCAUCUGCUGCAGGCAGGAUCUGACGAGGCUAUCAUCGUUGUCAGGUCUUGGGAGAAGUGUUCCGAAGAGAGCAGGCUGUACAGUUUAGGGAACAGCUGGUCUCAUAGCACUUGACUGGGGAAGGGGCGGAGAGAUUUGGAAUCAUUGUUUUUAUUUCCAUACUUGGCAUCACUGGUGACCUUUGGCUUGCCCCUUUGCUGUGUGGUAAAUUGCAUGUGGUAGUUUGGAGGGAAAAGAACUACUGUGGGUCUCUUGAAUAGGCUCUGCUGUGUGGGGAAUUAAUGUGGACAAUGAUUUCAGGUGGUAGUCAUUGAAGUCUUUUCCAUGUUGGAGUCAAAUGUUCUUUUGUACAAGGAUGUUAGAAUGUCUGCAUUUAGGCUCUGGUACGUCUAGGCCUGGCAGUAUCAGGCUGUGUCCUGUGUGCUCAAACCUCCAGUGUCCACUGUGGAGUGUGAGUGGCUUUGGGAGCCUCGUGGUGGGAGUUUCAUGCACCCUUCUUCUUUGAUCCUAACAUUGCCCUGUUCCCUUUGGCUUCAGCUGCCUGGCUGCUUGUAGCAUGUGCUCAGGCCUUGGUCCCUGUCCCUGGGUUGUCAGUUCUGCAGUGUCCCUCUCUUCUCCUGUGCCUCCCUGUUCUGGCUCCCUGUCCCCACAGUUCUGCCUGCAGAGGGGUGCUCAGUGGUGGCCUUCCUCAGGAUUUGGAAGAAUAUCUUGGUAACCCUUAUGUAACUUAGUAAAUCUCUGGUUGUCAUCCAUUUUUGAGGGUUAACAGAGACUGGAACUUACUCUGGGGGAGAUCAUGACUGGAAUCUGUCCUCCAAGUCCAAGAAGAAAGUAGACAACUGGAAGCCACAGUUGGGUACUUUGGGAAUGAGCCUAUGCCAGAUCAGCAGAUCUGUCAUUUACAGCCCUAGGACUGUGAGGCCUGGCUUCAGAGGCAGCUUGGUGGUUGACAUUGACAUUCAAGCCACCAGCAGGAAGGUGUUUCCAUGGCCAUGCCCAUCCUGUGCUUGUAAGGAGACCAGCCAGAACAUAUGGAGGGUCAGGGUCAGAGCUUUUCUUUUUUGGCCUUUGUUUUGCUGGCUAUUUAACUUCAGCCUGUUUGGGAAAUGUUUGCACUGUUUGUCUUGAGUUCCUGCAAGGGAAAGGCCCCGUGGAAGCAGCUGCUGUGAGCCUGGUGCCUGAUGUCAUCUGCAGCAUUGUCACCGGGACAUGUGGUUUCUCCCUUCAAUUUUAAGUAAAUCUGUUUUUGAAGCCUU